CUCCACUCUUGAUGUUUGCUGUCUUAUAGCCAUCCCCACCCCAAUUCUCCUCGAGCUGUUGAAGCUCGUCCAUUUUUCUCCCGUCAUCCCUCUCAAUACCCUCAAAAUGGCCUCUUCACAGUCUACUUCUGCUGAAAAACCAGCGUAUCCCUGGGUCAAGCUCCCUCACCCAUACCUCACCACAUACAAAAUCCAUGUCGUCUCCGAUUCCACCCCGCGAGUCCUCCAGCUCCGACUACACGACACGCAGGUCCCCGGACAAGAGGUCCCAGAACCCCUGCACUCCGAUUCCUUGACAUACACAGACAUCGCCAUCGACGAGUCCUCGAAAAAGAUCCCCGACAACGACAACAGCCCCUGGGCACGCAGCACAAGAGCCCCCGGAACAACCUUCCAAUGGACCAGCGCAGAGCCCCCAACCCUCGCGCAAAUCUGGAACGUCAUCCACGCAAUCUUCCUCACCCACCCCCAGCACGAGGCCCUGCGCCUCGACCUCAAUGGAAACGGCAGCGAAGUCGUCCGCGAAGAGUGCAUCCGCACCGGCCUCGCCGUCGCAUUCCCCACGCCGCGCCUCCCCUUCGGAAACGAGAACAAGCCCACAACGACCCAAACCCUCGUCCUCCUGCGCUCCUCCUUCUGGCAAGGCGCCGCCUCGCCCUUUGGCCCGCGCCCAAUCUGGGCAAUCGACCAGGGAACCCACGGUGCGCUGCGCCGCUCGGGAAGCCAGUACCCGCCGCUGGCGAAGAACUACGAGUUCUCGAUGAAGUUCCCCGAGGAGCGCAUCUACGCGCGGCACCCGAUUCGGCCGGCGAAGCCGACGCCGGGCUCGCUGGUGUAUAGUCGGUAUAUCCCGCAUCUGGAUAAGCACUUUUCGCUGCAGGUUGUCGAUUGGCAGGAUGAGGAACAUCUGAAGCGGUUCAACCGCUGGCAGAAUGACCCCCGUGUUGCCAAGGGGUGGAAUGAAACGGGGACGCUGGAUGAGCAUCGGGAGUAUCUACGCCGGCUGCAUGAGGAUAAGCAUGUUCUCUGCCUGUUUGGGCGGUUUGACGAUUUCGCGUUUGCGUAUUAUGAAAUUUACUGGGCAAAGGAGGAUCACUACGGCGCGCACUAUGACGCCGGCGACUACGACCGCGGCCGGCACUCGCUCGUCGGCGAAGCCAGCGUGCGCGGCGCCGAGCGCGUCAACGCCUGGUGGUCCAGCUGCAUCCACUACAUCUUCCUCGACGAGCCGCGCACGCAGUGCGUCGUCGGCGAGCCCAAGGCGACGGGGUCCACCGUGCUCUCCUACGAAAACGCGCACGGCCUCACGAUCCAGAGCUACGUCGACCUGGGCCACAAACGGUCUGUUCAUGUGUAUUGUUCGCGCGAAAAGUGGUUCCAGCUCUGUCCGCUUUUCUGGGAUGGGAGGGAGAGGCCGUUGGAGAGUGCGGAUCGGGCGGCGUGGAAUGCAAAGUUGUAAAGAUGUAGCUAGUUUGGGAGGAAAAUCUCCCGAGGUAAAAGCAUGGGAUCUAGAAGCUGAAAGAACGUAUUCAAUGCGCGAAAGCCCCGAGUGUUUCCGACUGUCUGCGAAGACUACUGCAGAGGAGUGGAUCGUAGCUCGCUUCCGCGGAGAGCCUUGAUCAACUGAGCAUGGGUUGGAAGUUGGGAGAGCACAGACAUCUGCAGGUUGCCAUACGUCAGUUGCAAGCCAAAGACCUCCUCCCCCCACCCUAACCAGAAGAAACCACCUCCUCCUCAGCAAAUUCAGAAAUCGCAACCGAGAUACCUGAACUGACAGCAACGCAAGAUCCUGAUUGAGAUUCCUGACGGAAAAGCGAUCUGCAAAAUCCUUCAGGCCAAGCCGCCCAGUGCCCAGUGCCCACGCAAAAAGUCGCCUGGACCCACCUGCACCUCACUAUCAAUCUAAUCAGAUAGUUCGGUGACAAGAAUUCUUACGUUUUUAGCUCUGAAUUAGGUAUCUCUGAAAUAUUCCCUUGUCGCGAACCAAGGUGCAGUGACGAUAUCAAGUGACUCAGUUGUGCUCAACGCGCUUCUCGUAUGUAUGUCCUCGAUAUCAGCGAAAACCUCAUUUGCACUCCAAUUGUGCCCUGAAUACUACCGUCAAGACCCCUCGAAGUCCCACAUGCAACUGCACCUGCCCUCCCACGCUAUUCGACGCAAGGGC